AGGCGAGGGCGGGCCGGGCCGGGCCGGACCAGCGGCGCAGCAGGGCAAAGGGGCAACGGCAGAGCGCGGCGGGCCGCCAUGGUGCUGGUGGUGGUGAUGGGCGUCAGCGGCUCAGGGAAGACCACGGUCGGGUCGCGGCUGGCAGAGAAGUUGGGAUGGAAAUUCUACGAUGCAGACGAUUAUCAUCCUCUAGAGAAUAAGAAGAAAAUGGAAGAAGGGAUACCACUAAACGAUGAGGACAGGAUUCCUUGGCUUUGUACACUGCAUGAUAUACUAAGGAGAGAAGACACAUCUAGACAAGAUACAAUUCUGGCCUGCUCUGCACUGAAGAAGAUGUACAGGCGUGUGUUAAUUGGUGGAGCAUCUGCAAUUGAAAGCAACCAGCCAGAGCAACCAGGAGAAAACCCACCACUGAAGAUCCUCUUUGUUCAUUUGGAUGGACCUAAGGACAUAAUUGCUGCCCGCUUGGAGAAGCGGAGAGGUCAUUUUAUGCCACUUGAACUUCUCCAGUCUCAGUUUGAUACUCUAGAGCCACCCAGUGCACCAGAAAACUUCAUUACUGUCAGUCUAGAAAAACCUCUCCCAGAAAUACUCCUACAGAUUGAGACCGCCAUUCUUCAGGGUGAGGCUUUGCCAGAGUAAUUUUCUGAAUGACACAUACAGAAAUUCCCUAAAGGAUAGCAGGGCAAAGAGACAGAAUUUUAAUUAUCAAAUUGAUUAUUAAAUCAAACCAACUUAUUUUUAAGAGCUGGUUUACUACUCUUUUUUUUUAUCAUGGCUCUGUAAAAGACAUUUAAAAUGUCUUUACAUCUUUUACAUAUAUAAGAUGCAAGAACUGUUAACUUUUUAAGCCCUUCACUCUAUUAAGUUAAAAUUCUCCUUUUAGUAAGAGCUUGCUUUUGAAAAUUCUGGCAAGGGUCACACAGAAUAAUUUAUUUUCUUAAUAUUUACUCUGUCAGACACUGAGAUGGACACAUCUGCUAUUACAAGAUUAAAUAAUUUAGAGCUUUGUUAAAAAUAACGUCAUUUUCCUAGAAGAGGCAGGAACAUGCAUGAUGAAGUUCCAUACAUGACGCUACCCCUGUCUCACUGCUGGAUUUUCAUCGAGUUGUAAGUUCUGUGUUUGUAUUCUUGUUGACCUCAGCAGAGCACUGAUGACUUCAUGAGAAUUUUUGUGAUCUCUUACUGUAUGCAUUGGCCACCAAGCUGAAAACUGUGAGAAAAAAUAGGUAGUGGUGGUGAUGCAGUACACAAAAUUUAAUUGAAUGGAAAGCUUUAGAAAUAAAGUAUAAGUGGCAUUGAAGCAAAAUGGAAAUUUUCCAGGGUAGAAAUCCAUUUUGAUUUAGGUGAAAUGUACUUUUCUGUGUAAAGCCAAAGCCAAAAGGAAAGCUGCUUCAGUGACAGACAAGAGAUAAGAGACAGCAAAAGAGAGAUAAAGGAGAGACAGAGACGCUGCGGAACAGGGCAGGGACACAAGAAAUUCCUUCUAAUAAAGAAAAAUUAACAGCAAAAGUCACUGCGAAAUUCGUAAAAAUGAAUAUGUAUGAGCCUAUUGUGAAAUUGUAUGCAUAUGCAUUUGAAAGGGGGAUAAAAGGAAGGGCUGGAGUUCACAAAGGUACGCAUGCCCUUUUAGGGAGAGCGAUCCCUGCAUGUGUCCAGCACUGUAAUAAACAUACUGGGCUUUACGACUUUCGCAAAGUUGUAGAGUUUUUUUUCCUUCUCCGCGAAACAGCAUCAUACUGACUCUGAACUUAGAGCUUUCAUGUACAAAGUGUACACAUUGCAGUCAAGUGUGUGUCAACCAGUAAUUUAAGGUACUGAAUUGAGUGCAAGGUUCAUAGACUUUCCUUAUUUUUGAAAACUUACUUU